GGGGUUCGACACUCCGAGGACGCCUAGUUGGGUGGCUGAACUGAGCAGACGAGCUAGUGUCAUUCGCGCUUCUAGAGUGACUUCGGUGGUGCUUGUACACGGUAAAGCAACGGCCCCGAAUACUAGUUUAAGGUGUUAAAUAACAUUGUGCCCGCGUUGUGACACCUUCAAUGACACAACGUCGAAACGUUAGAAAGUUGGCUAGGUUGUGUAAUCCUUUAGUAGGCUACUGCAUUACGCCUAACAUUACUACCAAUGUAUCACCGCGACGCAGCACUUUUGUAAGGUUCUUUCUCCAGCAUCUAUCGGUAAUGGCAAUCUUAAGGAGGGAGGGAUCGCAUCGCUUUAUCUCAGACACUUCAUAGCGGAGAACAUCAGCUGGUUCAGAUGCCGCUGGCGUCUGGUUUGGUCCAGAGUACCUAUGACAGACCCGCACGGGUUUGACAUUCACUCUCAUCACUGAUUACGUAGAUCUCACAGGGAAGAAACAGAACGUGUAUUGUACGAUACAUGCCGUAUGGUGGAUUUUAGCAGCGCCUGGUAUUUAUCCAAAUGUGCACAAGACGCCAGACUGUUGCUGAGUAGCUACAGUUUCGCGUUUAUAGGACAGCUGUGCACUAGGCUACCACUGACUUCUCUUGUUUGUGAUCGCGGUUUCUUCAGUAAAAAUCGUAUUGUUUGGAAAACAUGAAGAUGUCUCCUCCAGACAGAAAGAAUUAUAUGCUGGAUCUGGGGCUGGAGGUCGGUAUUAGAGUGCUGCUUUUCGGAGUUUUUGUGUUCACUGAGUUUCUGGAGCCCUUUGAAAGAGUGAUUCAACCUGAGGAAUUAUGGCUCUACAAGAACCCCCUGGUGGAAUCUGACCACAUCCCAAAGAGAGUCAUGUUUGCAAUUUCAUUUCUCACCCCACUGGCUGUAAUAUUUGUGGUGAAAAUUAUACAGAGGACAGACAAAACAGAAAUUAAAGAAGCUUGUUUAGCUGUAUCUCUUGCAUUAGCUUUGAAUGGCGUCUUCACAAAUACCAUCAAGUUGAUAGUUGGCAGGUAUUUAACCUUCUCUGAUCUCAGGCCAAGGCCAGACUACUUCCAUCGCUGUUUCCCUGACGGUCAAAUGAAUGCAAAGAUGAUGUGCACUGGAGAGCCAGACCUGGUGUCUGAAGGACGCAAGAGUUUUCCCAGCAGCCAUUCCUCUUUUGCUUUCUCUGGCCUGGGUUUUACCUCUUUCUACUUAGCGGGAAAGCUACAGUGCUUUACAGAUGCUGGACGUGGCCGCAGUUGGCGUCUCUGUGCCAUAGUCCUACCUCUCUACAGUGCCAUGAUGAUUGCCUUGUCCCGUACCUGCGACUACAAGCAUCACUGGCAAGAUGCUUUUGUUGGUGGUGUGAUCGGCCUUCUCUUUGCCUACAUCUGUUAUCGCCAGCACUACCCACCAUUCCUUCACAUAGACUGCCACCUACCGUAUGCCACUUUGGGUGCAUCAGCUGCGCAAAACAUGCCAACAUCCCAGGAUCAACCUAAGCUCACUGACAAUGCUACCAUCCUGCCCCUGGAGAGUAUGACCAAAGGACCAGUAUGACUAGUAGAGACAUCCAGAGCUUUACCACCUCAACCCCCUUCCAAGUGGUGUUAAACACACUUGACUCACACUUUAACAUUCCAAUGGAUUGGUUCAUGCCAUGAAUUAUGAUUACUUUUUCAACCUUCCAACCCUUGAUCCACCCAGUUUAUUAGGCACUAAGAGAUACUGCUAGUCCCAGAAUGUUUAACAAUAUAAACAAGUUGGAACUUAGGACAGUAUGUAUUCUUUAUAUUGUUGUCUUUUGAUUCAGUGUCAAUGGUUCAUUUAAAAGAUGGCGUUGUACAGACACGGCAAAAUUACACUACACUUACAAAACAUGCUGGGAUGGUAUCCUUUAAAAAGGAUCAAAGAUGUACAUCUCAGUACAGAUAUGCAUACAUUUGAUAACAGUAUGUACUUUUGAGGUACUAAUAUGUGGUCUUUAGCAAAAUUCAGUAUGUACUUUUGAGGUACUAAUAUGUGGUCUUUAGCAAAAUUCAGUGACAGCAGUAGUUAUAGACAGAGCCGGAUUAACGCAAAGGCAAACUAGGCACGUGCCUAGGGCCCGAUUGGCGGGAUGGGGCCCAGACAGAGGGGGAAUUUUUUUUUUUUUACAAAUGUCCCAUCUACAAUUUCGCCGCUGUCGGGCGGAAUCCCCGUAUCUCCAAAACCAUUAUUUUUCAGGAAAUUAAAAAAACGCCAUAUUUUUUAAGUUAUUAAACAUUGUUUCAUUAAAGAUGAGCUUUAUGACUCGGGAGCAGAGAGAUACGAGCUUAUGCUCUCAUUGAUAAAAAUGGUACGGACACAGACGUCGCCGCUGCCAGCAGUGUUCAACAAAUACUGCGGUCACAUUGAGCCUUAGACGAUGCUUCAAUAGUUAACCAAAGCUGACUGUAGUAUACAUCUUACCAAACUCGAUUUUAAAGGUUUACGAUCUAUAAGUGAUGCAAUACAAAACACGAUGAGCGGACUGCUGUCUAAUAAGUGGAAAUGAAUCUGCUCGCAAACUUACCUUCAUGGCUCACGGGCUUCCUUCUUCACAGAAGCAUUACAGCUAUCGAGUUUUAAUAAAUGUACUUAAACCUAACUAUUUUCACUUGUUAGUGCCUAACAAACAGAAGUAUUAUAUUAAUUAAACAGCCAUUUUAUCUCUAAUAAAUAAAACAUUUACUUGUGUUUAACAUUCACAAAAUAAUUUAAUGGUGGUAUGCAAAACAUUCAAUUUAAUUCAAAAUUGAAUUCAAUAAAAACAUUGCUACUUGUGUUUUACAUGCACAAAAUAAUUUAAUGGUGGUAUCCAAAACAUUCAAUUUAAUUAAAGUAUUAUAUUAGAUACAUUUUAAAACUUCAAUGCAUGUAUGAUAAGCCUAUGAUACGUAAAUAUUUAAAAUACAUCAAUAACUGAUAUCAUAGGUUAACACAGACAAAAUCAUAGUUAAGUCUUUCUUUAUGAAGCGCAUUACUGGGUGUAUUUGUGUUUGUGAGUUUAUGACUGUUGUUGUCUGAGGUGGUGACUCGGAUGGGGAAGCCAGUCAUCAGAAUGGUUGAUUUUCAAGUUCAUCGUUCCACUCUGUACCUGACAGAGUUCCUUUAAGGACACAGACAUGGUUGCUGCAAAAAAUAAAUAAAUAAAGGACAAACGAUCAUUUCCCUACGUUAUAUAAGGCAUGUUUACGUAUAAUGAGGCAAAAAAAAACAGUUCCUUGCAUAAUAAUUCAUGACUGCAAUGGCAGAAUUAGCGGGGUCAAGAUUUUUUUUCUUUAAGCCCCACGAAAUCACGUUAGAUACCAAACAUGAUAACAAAACCAAUGGAUAGUGGCUAGCUAAGUCAAAUGCAAGCAAUAUGUGCUUUAAAUUCACUUCACAAACGUGAAUAGCGUAAAGAAAAAUCUAGCAGCCUCAGAAACGAUACAUUAGACUUUAGCACUACCAUUACGUCGAGAUAAACUGUAUAAAAAACUGUAUAAAAACUGUUAUUAUAUAAUUUUUAUAACUGAAACAUAAAUAACCAGUGUUUUGAGGAACUUUACCUCAGUGGAACUGUUGCUUGACGAGGAUUUCGUUGCGAUUCUCAAUCUUGAAGAGAAAUAUGCAGCGAAGCUCUCCCGCGGAUUACUGACACCUAUUGGUUAUUUACUGGUACUACUGCCUUAACAAUGACACUCCCAAUGGAUAAGGUGAGGAUAAUUUAAUAGCAUUUAAUAGAGCCGUGUAAUGACGUAUAAAUAAUACAUUUAGCAAAAAAUUGUCUGAUAGACUGGUUAAUAUACAACACAUGACUUAAUUUGGCAUACAAACAACCAAUUUGUAACCAAAGACUAGGCUAUGUAAAAUGUGAAUUAACAUUUAUUAGUAACUUUGGUAAGUUUCAGAUUUCAAUUAAUAAAUAACCUCGAUGGGGGGGGGCAAAAAAUGCAGCCUGCCUAGUGUAGUCCAUUUAUUUAAUCCGGCUCUGGUUAUAGAAGGCGGCUAUAGUCAAAAUUUGAUUGAUUUAUGACCCUCUUUGACAGGUGGGAGAGAGACUAUCAAUCAAACAGUGUACAUGCUGUCUAAUAUUGAGAGUCAUAUUUUAUGGUCUUUUAGACAGCGGCUGUCCAGAACUUGUUUUACGAUGUGUCAAUCAACGCGUUGUUUUUCCCCUGUGCGUGUGUGUUUUUUGUCACGCGAAUGUUGUCAUGUUUAUUGCUGUCAAAAAAGUUUAUUGUUUAGGCUGUCCAGUUUCAAGAGCGCUCCUCUCUCCCUCACCCUCUCUCUCUCCCUUCUCACCCCUCCCUUCUCGCCCCCACUGCGUGUCUCACAGCGGGGGCCUGUGUUCAGAGGUCCUGUCUGUUUCUUUAGACGAAAACCUGUAUAUUUUAAACUAAAUAAAAUUUUAGCCGGUUCAUGAGAUCCGUGAGUCUUUUCACGACCCGAUCUCUAUGUUCACGCGCAUUAAAGCUCGCUCACCGGUGGUGAUAGAGAACGAGCAGAGUGCGCGUUCAUAUCUGUCGUUUUAAAAUAAACGCAAUAAAUGUAAUUCUGUCCGCUUUGGCAAAAUAAAGCUUUAUUUUAGAUUUAGGGAUUUCUUGAACCAAGUCUCUAAUUAAAACAUGUGAAUGCGCACACCGACGGUGACAGAGAACUUACGCUGAUGCGCACUUAUAUCUGACCUUAAUAAACUUUUAAAUGUUUUAAGAAGUUUUCAUCCCAUCUUCAGGGUUUGUUUUUAAUUAUUGGCUUCUUAAAACCAUGUGUGAAUAUGUGUAUAUUAUACAACGAAUCUUAUAUUGUCUACUCUGACAAAAAUAAAGUAUUAUUUUAGACUUUAAGUGAAGUGGCAGCGUGUAUUUUGUGACAAAUACUGUUUAAUAUAAACAUUUGUUUUGUCAAGAGCUUCUUUAAAGUAACACAAGAAUCUAAUAUUUUAGUUGUAUCUGGUUAAACUUAAAUCUGCUAUUAUCUAUUUAACUAUACGCUAUUUUUCUGAUCAGUCAACUUACAGAAGCUGCUCUGUGAGCGUAUGUGUGUGUGUGAGAUAAUUCACAGCAGGGGCGGAUUGUAAACUAGUGUCUUUUAAAACCGCGAUGGUAAGAUGUAAUACUGGCCACUCUGACAAAAAGUAAAAGGUUUAUUUUAUAUUUUCAGGUGGAGCACCAGCGCCUAUUUUAUGGCAAACACUGCAGGAUCUAAAAGUUUGUAACAUCACAAAUUAAUGUAAUGAAAUAUUCAGUACGUGUAUAUUUAAUCAAUGAAUUGUGCCAAAACCACCAGAGGCCGACAAUUCUUUAGACUAAAGGGUAUUUAUUUUAACCUAAAUAAAAGUUUAAUCGCAUCACGAACUCCGUGAAUCUGUUCAUGCACCGCAAUCUAUUGUUCACGCGCAUUAAAGAUUGCACUCCAGCGGGUACAAUAGAGAACAUUGGCGGAUGCGUGUUCAUAUCUGCCGUUUUAAAAUAAACUUAAUAAAUGUAAUUCUGUCCGCUCUGGCAAAAUACAUGUUAUUUUAGAUUUAGGGAAUUCUUUAACCAUGUCUCUGAUUAAAACACGUUACUGCAUAGGGCAGUGAUGGAGUACUCGAGUCCUGGACUCGGACUUGAGUCCGACUCGAGUCACUCUUCUUUGGACUCGAGUCCAACUCGAGAAUCCAUUCUCUGGACUUGUGACUCGACUUGGACUCGCAGAUUGAUGACUCGUACUUGGACUCGAGGAUACAUACAAUCGGACUUAAGCAUUCAUCACUUUGUUUUUGACUAAACAUGUUAUAAAAAAUUAUAUAAGGUGUUACACUUUUCCUGUUUCAUGCCCAAGACCGGUCGCAAUCUCCCUUCACAGACACUGCUACCUCGCGCUCUCUUUGCUUGACAACACACUCACUGACGUCACUCACUUUUACACAAUGCAUGCAUGAUUCGCGGGCUAAAUGUUCACAUUUGUAAAAUGCAGAAAGAGGUGCCCCGGAUCGUGAAGCUAGGGUUAAUGUAUGUCUGGUUCAGAUUACAGCAUUUUUUUGUCUGUUGAAAACAUAAAAAGAGUAACUAAACCCUAAUCCAAGUUUUUUUAGUUACUGAUCUGUAAGAAUGAUGGUUUAUUAGGGCUGUUCAUUGAUUUUGAUGUACGUUUUUUGACAAUUGGAUAUAAAGUGUUUCAAUACUACAAUAUAUGGUGUAAAAACGUCUGAGUGCUGCCCUCUUCAUGUUGAAUGGUGGCUACUGCAGUUGAAUUUUCCUAUUGGAUGUUGGGUCCAAAAGAUGAAUCGCUUAACAAUUUAUGGAAAAUAAUAUUUUUUUUUAAGAAAAUCAUUUCAGGAUGUUUUCUUAAUGGACUUCAAUGUCAAAUCAGUUGUUUGUUCUUGUUUCCUCAAAAAACAAAAUGCAGCAUGAUUAAACAUUAAAUUUGUAAAUUUUCUACGCUAGUUCUCAAUCACAAGUUUACAACAAUGGAAGUACACAUGGCGACAUGGCGUCGUAAAGUUGCAAAGUGUGUUGCAAAGUGUAUAUGUCAAAUCAGUAAAUAAACUCCCUUUGCAAUCGUGACAGUGGUGUCAUUUUUGUUUAAUGUAGAACCUCUUUAAUACAUUUUAUCAGUUUUUUGAAGGUCCCAGAGUGGAGACAUGUAGGCACUCUCAGACUCGAAUACAGGACCCGAGACUCGACUCGGACUCGAACACUGGGGACUUGAGACUCGACUCGGACUCGAACUCUGGUAAUGGUGACUCGACUUGGACUCGACUCGGACUCUUCUUUGGUGACUUGGACUCGGACUCGAACACUGGGACUCGAGACUCGACUCGGACUCGACAGUUGGUGACUCGACUACAACACUGGUUUGAUGAUUACCCUAUCAUCUUUUGUGCUCAUGUCAGAAAAAUAGAGAUCUUGGCAGGCAAAUGUAUUUAGGUUUACCAUAGUUUAGAUUUGGUGUGGUAUGUACAUGAAGCCAAAACUCUGUCAGGAUUCGUAGAGACAUGGAGUAGGUGAUCAUUGCCUAUGUGACAGACGUCAAGUAACAAAACUACAGAAUUAGGAUCAGGUUGUGCCUGUGGGUUUUAGCUUUCCAUACUAACACUGUUGACUUUAUUUUUACGCCACUGAAAGACAUGUGAAGUAGAGACAUGUAAUUUCUAUUAAUGUUUCACGUUUCUCUGUGCGGAGUCGCAAAAACAUUUGAAGAAUGACCAAUGUCACACAAUGUCUAUACAAGAUGUCUAAAUGUUCUAAUGAAUGCAUCUAAUAGUAACAAUGCAGACAUUAACUCAUUCACCGCCAUUGACGAGUUAUCUCGUCAUUUAUGAGUUCAUAUUUAACUAAUAAAUGUGCCUUUCCGGACGAAUUUCAAAGUGAAAGUGUAAUACCGCUUUUAUCAAAAACGGAAGUUAAAAAGAGUUAAUGGUUUAUUUUAAAUGCGUUUAUGUUUGAUAGUCAUUCUGAGUCUGAUCUCUAACAUAAAUUUCUUUACAAAAACAAAAAUUUUUAAGCUUUUUGCUCAAAAUGUUGUAUUUUUGAAGAGAAAUAUCCAUAUUUCAGUGGUAAAUUAAGUAGAAAAAGUAAAUAUAUAAUGAAACGUUUUUUCCCCAUUUUGUUUGUUUGUUUGUUUGUUUGUUUAUUGUUUGUUUGAAAGCAGAGGGUGUGUUCUUUAAUUUGAUAUAAUUUGUAUGUUUAUAUAUUUAUAGAAAAUAAUUUUUCCUGCAAGGAAUUUUGUGAAAAUUUUGUUAAAAUCACAAAAAUGCAGGUGGGCAACUUUUCUCAAAAAGGCUGGCGGUGAAUGAGUUAAGAGAAAGAAUCAAUGUAUAUUUUUUGUUUUUAUGAAAUCGGUGCAGCAAAACAUACAAGAAACAUAAGCAGUAAACAAAUUCAAUGCAGAAAACCACAGUGACAAUAAAGAACAUCUGAUAAGUUUACAAAAUCUCAGACAUAAGUUGACACUAGCGAAGAAAAGCUAUGGACAAAGUAUGAAAAGACAAAAGUCUGAAGCCUGCCUAAGUUUGAAAAGCAUUUACAAAAUCUCAAACAUGAGUUGCCACUAGGGAAGAAAAACUAUAAACAAAGUAUGAAAAGACAAAAGUAUGAAGACUGCCUAAGUUUGAAAAGCAAGAGUUUGUUUAAGAAAAAUACACAAGUAAGAACAUCUGAUGAAUUUACAAAAUCUCAAACAUAAGUUGAAACUAGCGAAGAAAAACUAUGCACAAAGUAUGAAAAGACAAAAGUUUGAAAAGCAAGAGUUUGUUUAAGAAAAAUACACAAGUUAGAACAUCUGAUGAAUUUACAAAAAUCUCAGACAUGAGUUGACACUAGCGACGAAAAAACUAUGAACAAAGUAUGAAAAGACAAAAGUAUGAAGGAUGCCUAAAGAAAACACAACUUAGAACAUCUGAUGAAUUUACAAAUCUCAGACAUAAGUUGACACUAGCGAAGAAAAACUAUGAACAAAUGUAUGAAAAGACAAAAGUAUGAAGAAUGCCUAAGUUUGAAAAGAAAACGUUUGCCUAAGAAAAAAAACACAACUAGGAACAUCAGUAACAAACCAUAGGUAAAAUAUAAUUUCAUGUUUGUUUAUUACACAAUGAUACAUGCUAACCUAAGUUGAACCUAACCCCACAGGCGGACCAGGGCCUGCUCCGCUUCAUAAAGGUCCUGCCAUUGAUCAUUUGGGACCCCUACCACAUGAUAACCAUACACACACAGACACGCACACACACAAACACACACACACGCGCAGCCUCUCACACUCACACCCUACGCCACGAGCGCAUAAACACACACAUACAUAAACAGACACACACACACACACACAGACACGAGUGCAACGCGGUGCGGUUUAAAUGUUUGAUUUUUUUCAAAUGUUUAAAUGUCUUAAACUUUAAAAAGUUUUUUUUUAAAACCACAGAUAUGUGUGUGCAUGUGCUUAUUGCCCUAUGCAGUAACGUGUUUUAAUCAGAGACAUGGUUAAAGAAUUC